AUGUUUCACCUGACGUAUUUAUUGUUUAUGUUCGUCUCUUGGACGAACGCCCAGUACGAAUGGCAACCUAAAGAUGCGGUGGAUGAAAUCCGGCUUAAGUUAGACAAAAUAAAUUCUGAUAACUGUGGUUUUCAACCGUUGAGCGAGAUAUAUUUGCCCGAAGACACUGUGUCACAUAUACCGGACAUCAAAGAUGUCGUGAUCAAUCCUGUAUUCCCCAAUCGUACGGCUUUGCUGCAUUUGAGCAACAUGGCAUUAAAUAGAGGAUUUUUCUUUAGUUACAUAUCACAAGCCAGAUUUAUACGUCCAGCAAUUAAUGAUACAUACGAUCCAGGUAUGAUGUAUUAUUUCUUGUCGACAGUUGCUGAUGUGUCAGCUAAUUCUCACAUUAACGCAAGUGCCAUAUAUUUUGCACCAAAUAUGUCUUAUUCGCCAUCCUACAGAGGGUUUUUCAAUAAGACAUUUCCAUACUUUGCUCCCAGGACAUUUCGAGCGGAUGAUUUCAAUGAUCCUAUACAUUUGGAAAAAAUGUCAACCUUAAAUACAUUUACUGUCAGAGAUUUGGGCGCAUUUUCUAAUGAAAGUCUUACAAAGGAUUACACAUCAAAACAUUAUGGAACUAAUGAAUGGUAUUCAAAGUGGCUUCCUGAUAAUGUUGUUGGACGACAUGAUACUAAGACUACUUACCAAGUAGAAAUUCGUUAUGCCAAUAAUACAAAUGAAACACAUACAUUCCAUGGUCCGCCAGGGGCUGAUGACAUUCCUGGUCCAAUUAAGUGGACAAGACCAUAUUUUGAUUGUGGACGUAGUAACAAGUGGUUGGUAGCGGCUGUUGUACCAAUCGCCGACAUAUAUCCUCGACAUACUGGAUUUCGACAUGUUGAAUACCCUACUUAUACCGCUGUGUCAGUGAUAGAAAUGGAUUUUGAGAGGAUAGACAUUAAUCAAUGUCCUGUAAGUGCAGGAAAUUCUGGUCCUAAUCGUUUUGCAGAUACGGCAAAAUGUAAAGAAGAAACUACAUUAUGUGAACCAUUGGAUGGUUGGGGUUUUCGGCGAGGUGGCUAUCAAUGUCGAUGUUUACCUGGCUAUCGAUUAGGAAAUACAGUUCGUCGUCCAUUCCUUGGAGAAAUUAUAGAACGGGCGACACUUGAACAAUAUUACAGUGGAGUAUUUGACUGUAAACGUAUUGGAUGGCUUCAAAGUAAAAUUGUUUUCCCAAGUCAAAUGGAACCAUAUCUUCGUGAGCAAUAUUUAGAAAAAAAUUCUGAAUACAAAAACUUUACUCCAGGAUUAGGAUCUGUAAAAGAUUCUCAUAUCAAUAUCCAUGAAGUUAUUAAUUCCAUACGAGGAGUAAAUCCAAAUAAUUGCAAUAAUUAUCGUAAGGAAGACUUACAACUUUUAGGUGACUAUGGAUUUGGAGCUCAUCAACAAUUUGCCAAUGAAGCUAAAAUGGCUGUUCGACUUGCUAACUUUAUUAGUGCAUUCUUACAAAUAUCAGAUCCAAAAGAGGUUUAUUCUGGUACAAGAGUGGCUGACAAGCAUUUAUCUGAAGAUGAAAUGAUUGGAGAAGCAUUGUCUAUUGUAAUGGCCGAUUUUAAAAUAUGGUCAGCUGGUAUUUUCUGGGAUACAAAUAAAUUUCCUAAUCGUACUCUUUUUGCUCCAUACGCUUAUAAAACGGUGAAUUAUGGUCGAAAGGUCUUUGUUGAAGAUUUAGCCAGAUUAAACAAGUCUGAUGAAGUAUAUACAAAUAAAGAAUGGUUUACUUUUACAAAACAACGAUGGUCUACUAAUUUUGAUAGUUUAGAAAAGUUUUAUGUCAAGUUAAAGUUACGAUAUACUGAAGAAGGCGGCCAUUUGAACAAAUUUGAAUAUUAUCCUACCUUUUACAGAGCUGCAAAUUUGGAUCAUGGUUAUUGGUCAGCUCCUUAUUAUGAUUGUAAUGGUCCUGCAAAAGAUUGGUUCAUUCGUUAUGCUGUUCCAUUUUUUGGCUGGGAUAGUCUCAAGGUUAAAUUGGAAUUUAAAGGAGCAAUUACAGUUACAAUGCCACUUUUGAAUUUGGACAUAAAUCAGUGUCCUCACAAAUUUUAUGAUCCCAAUGCAUUUAAAGGAACACACAAAUGUGAUCAACGUAGUUCAUAUUGUGUACCAAUACAAGGGCGUGGUUACGACACCGGUGGUUACAAAUGUGAAUGUAUACAAGGUUAUGAAUUUCCAUUUGAGGAAGAAGAUUUCACUUAUUUUGACGGCCAAAUGAUGGAAGAUGAAUUUAUGCACAUGUUACAUAACAAUAAAACAAGGUAUGAUACUUUCAAAUGUCGUAUAGCUGGAGCUGCACUUCCUCUUAGUAAUGUUUUUUACGUUAUGGUAUUAGUCUUGUGUAGUUUAUUGAUGUGGGCUCAAUAG